CCUCGGCCGCUGCCUGCCUCUCCCCGCGCCCUUGGCUCGGCGGCUAUAAGGCUGGGAGCCGGCCGGGCAGGGGGCUCAGUGAGCGCGGCUGGAAGAGAGGCGCUGCGCGGCGGCGCUCCCUGGCACCCUCCGCGGAGCGGGACGAGCCCCCCUGCCCGCAGCAGCGGGGAGCCCCGGGGCGGGCCGCCAGGCAGCCGGCCCUCCCCUGCCGGAGGGAGGAACCUGGGCGAGCCCUUCCCCAGCCAAGGGGAACCGGCUUUUCCGGGCUGCACCCUGCGUGUCUGCAGCGGGGCGGCUCCAGCUGUCUCCUCCCCCCGCCAGUCCUUUGCUUCUGCACCUUCCCUCGAUUGGCCGGGGGCUGCUGCUGCACCUUGGGGCCCCCGCCCUGCCCGCGCCGGGGCGGCUGCUGCUGCGCCCUCUCGCCGCUUUCCUGAGCCUGGCGGGGAGGGUGCCGUGCCCGUGGUUCCGCAGGGUUCUCGCUUUCCUGCCCGCCGGCUCGGUUCUGGUCUUAUGGGCUCUUUUUUAAAAUCCUCGCCUGGGGGGGAAGCGAGCGCUGCAUGCGUGUGGCCCGGUCCCCUCCUCCCUUCCCGUCCCCUCUGCAGCGGCGCCUUUGCGCUGCCCAUGACGCGCUGUGGAACAGGCUGCCUCUGAGCUAGCGGGGCCCGGGAAAGAUGCAGGCGAGGCGCGGCCGCCGUGUCCCUUCCCUCCGCGCUUUGCCCUUCCUGUUCAUUGUGGCAGCUCUCCUGGGUCUGCUGCCCUUGCUUCACAGCCAUGGCUUGCAGCACAUGCUGACCUCCGAGCCGCCCUACCGCGACCCCGCAGUCCUCAGUGCAAUUGAGCCCGGGGAUGUCACCGCAGCUCCUCCGGACGUCUCCCAAGAGAUUCGCCCGCUGACCAACCACUCCAGCCCUGGGCACUCCAAGCCGCGGAAAGCCUUCCCGGUCCUGGGCAUUGACUACACCCAUGUGCGGAUCCCCUUUGAGAUCUCCCUUUGGAUACUGCUGGCAUGCCUCAUGAAACUGGGUUUCCACGUCAUUCCCUCCGUGUCCAACAUUGUGCCAGAGAGCUGCCUGCUCAUCGUGGUCGGGCUGCUGGUUGGGGGGCUCAUCAAGGGUGUGGGGGAGAGCCCCCCGAUCCUGAAGUCCGACAUCUUCUUCCUCUUCCUCCUCCCACCCAUCAUCUUGGAUGCCGGCUACUUCUUGCCCCUGCGCCAGUUCACGGAGAACCUGGGGACCAUCCUGAUCUUCGCCGUGGUGGGGACGCUCUGGAAUGCCUUUUUCCUGGGCGGGCUGAUGUACGCCGUGUGCCAGAUCAGCGGCACCGGCCUGAAUCACAUCGGCCUGCUGGCCAACCUGCUCUUCGGCAGCAUCAUCUCAGCGGUGGACCCGGUGGCCGUGCUGGCCGUCUUCGAGGAGAUCCACAUCAACGAGCUCCUGCACAUCCUGGUGUUCGGGGAAUCCCUGCUGAAUGACGCCGUCACUGUGGUGCUCUACCACCUCUUCGAGGAGUACGCCAACUUUGAUCAGGUGACCGUCACCGACAUCGUCCUGGGCUUCCUCAGCUUCUUCGUGGUGUCCCUGGGCGGCGUCUUCGUCGGCGUCGUCUACGGGGUCAUCGCCGCCUUCACCUCCCGCUUCACCUCCCACAUCCGCGUCAUCGAGCCCCUCUUCGUCUUCCUCUACAGCUACAUGGCCUACUUGUCGGCCGAGCUCUUCCACCUCUCCGGCAUCAUGGCGCUCAUUGCCUCCGGGGUGGUCAUGCGCCCUUACGUGGAGGCCAACAUCUCCCACAAGUCCCACACCACCAUCAAGUAUUUCCUGAAGAUGUGGAGCAGCGUCAGCGAGACCCUGAUCUUCAUCUUCCUGGGCGUCUCCACCGUGGCCGGCCAGCACUACUGGAACUGGACCUUUGUCAUCAGCACGCUGAUCUUCUGCCUCAUCGCCAGGGUGCUAGGUGUCCUGGGCCUCACCUGGUUCAUCAACAAAUUCCGCAUUGUGAAACUGACCCCCAAGGACCAGUUCAUCAUCGCCUAUGGGGGCCUGAGAGGGGCCAUUGCUUUCUCGCUGGGUUACCUCCUGGAUUACGAGCACUUUGGCAUGAGGGACAUGUUCCUCACGGCCAUCAUCACCGUCAUCUUCUUCACGGUCUUCGUGCAGGGGAUGACCAUUCGCCCCUUGGUGGACCUGCUGGCUGUGAAGAAGAAGCAAGAGACGAAACGCUCCAUCAACGAAGAGAUUCACACCCAGUUCCUGGAUCAUCUUCUGACGGGCAUCGAGGACAUAUGCGGUCACUACGGCCACCACCACUGGAAAGACAAGCUGAAUCGCUUCAACAAGAAGUACAUGAAGAAGUGCCUGAUCGCGGGGGAGCGGUCCAAAGAGCCGCAGCUGAUUGCCUUCUACCACAAGAUGGAGAUGAAACAGGCCAUCGAGCUGGUGGAGAGCGGGGGGCUGGGCAAGAUCCCCUCCGCCAUCUCCACAGUCUCCAUGCAGAACAUCAAUCCCAAAGCCCUGCCCGUGGAGCGCAUCCUGCCAGCGCUGUCCAAGGACAAAGAGGAGGAGAUCCGCAAAAUCCUGCGCAACAACCUCCAGAAAACCAGGCAGAGGUUGCGCUCUUACAACCGGCACACGCUGGUGGCCGACCCUUACGAGGAAGCUUGGAACCAGAUGCUGCUGAGGAGGCAGAAGGCCCGGCAGCUGGAGCAGAAGAUGAACAAUUUCUUGACGGUCCCGUCGCACAAGCUCGACUCUCCCACCAUGUCCAGAGCACGCAUCGGCUCAGACCCGCUGGCCUAUGAGCCCAAGUCAGACUCGGAGAACCUGCCUAUCAUCACGAUCGACCCGGCCUCGCCCCAGUCGCCGGAAUCUGUUGACCUGGUGAACGAGGAGCUGAAGGGCAUGAGCCGCCUCCCGCCAUCGCCCGAGGAGGAGGAGGAGGAAGGGCUUGUGAUGCACGUGAAGGAAUCUUCCUCCCCAGGCACUGACGACGUCUUCACCCCGGGCGCCGGCGACAGCCCCAGCAACCAGCGAAUGAUGCGGUGCCUGAGUGACCCGGGGCCUCGGCCUGCCCCCGAGGAGGGCGAGCCGUUCAUCCCCAAAGGGCAGUAGCAGCGGGUGCGCUGCUGCAUCUGGCCUGCAGGGGGAGCUGCUUGCGCGCACAUGGAUUCUUUGAUUUCCCUUUGCCUCCCCUAGUACUACACUGGGCCGGCUGCUGAGUGAGCAAAUGGCUUGGG